CACGCCACGGAACGCAGGUGUAAUUGAGGUCUAACCUUUACGUGUUCUUCCCGUUCGUUCUUUGACCACGUAACUUUUCAACGUUGAACUUUAUUUCAAAUUCCCCUUUGCUUUUCAGCAUGCGCGCUAAAUCAUCCCAACGUGUUGCCAAGAAUCUGGCAGUAGGUUUGUUCGAGCCGUAUUUCAUCAUAUUCCGAUGGAUUGCGAAGGCGAUACCCAGGCCCAGCACACCCGCGGGCCAUGUACUAGCGCACCAACCAGGUGGUCACUAUGGCAGGGAUAUCUACUAGACCUAAUUUGCUUGUUCGCUUCUCGCCUUCCGUGGUACACAGGCACCGAAUUAAUGGCGCCUGCAGCAAUACUUAAGAUGUCGGACAGACGCCCUUGCCUCCAUUCCGUGCUUCUGCCUUCGAGAUGCACUUUGCAAAUUUUGUCAAAAUUCGCUUGAGUCCUACUACUCUGCUCCUCGUGACCAUCUUCGGUCAGACUGUGAUCAUGGGUUUUGCAUGGGGCUUCACCGGAGGAAUCUUGUUCGCAGAUGUUCUCGCACUACCUGAUCAUAUUGUUCAUCUGAUCACAGAGUAUCCGACCGUGCUGACCUUAAUAGUUACGUUGAUCUCAACUACCUUGUCGAUCAUUACUUCGAUGUUCUUCACAUUUUCCGUCAAAGAAGCGCUUCGGCAUCACCUCUCAGGGCCGAUGACACUGUUCAAGCUUCGCACCGCAAUUGCGCUUAGCAGACCGACCUGGGUAUUGCGAUGGAGUUCUCUCAAGCUUUCGGCCCUCACAUUGGCGGUUUAUGCGCUGAUCACAUUUCUAAAUACGAGUUGGAGCACUUUGCUCCUACCCACCCUUGUCCAAUGGCCUGUGACAACGUUUGGUACGGAACUGGACUUGGGAUCUGCUGCAUUUGUAAACCAGUUGAAUACGGACAUUAAUGCCGUGAACGCGAACAAUGUACAAGCACCUGCGUUUGAAACCAUCAAUGUCUUGACUCUCCUCAGUGGUAUUGCUGCGGUUGACAUUCAAGGAGGUGUGCAAACGAGUAGUAUGUUCAGCUUCAACGGAGUUUCGUACAAUCGGUCGACUGGUGGAAUUCUUCCUGCGAUAGAGGAGUACUCUGGAUCAUCAAACCCACCGGGUCCUAACGUUGGCUUAGCGUUUUCUGGUGGACGAGUACCGGUUAAUACCAGUUUUGACUGGAGACACCUCGGACGCGAUGCAGGCACUCAAGGAAUGGCGAAGAAUUACACUGUUACACAGCAGGGUGUCUCAGCAAAUGUUACAUGUCAGCCAAUUGACCGCAGUCAAAAUACAUUUACUGUCGACCCAACACAGACGCCAGGACCGAAUAACACGUUCUUCACGUGGGAAGCUGUUGUGGAUUGUUCAGGAAAUUUAAACUCACAGACCUACUUCACCGCUGGCGACCUAAGCGGUCUGAUGGACAAUGCCACCGAGGGAUAUCUCCCCGUUGUUGUAUGUCCCAGCCCAAACUCGACGACAUUCAACCCAUAUAAAUUUGAUAUUUUUAUGUCUGGCUUGUACAAGUAUAACUUUCUGCCAACAACCAUUUGCGAAGUCGUUCCCUACUUGACCACAGUCAACGUCACUUAUAAUGGAGGCAUCGUAUCUGUCGAUCGGAUUGAUACAUCAACGAGCAGUCCGAAUUUUCCUUUAUCUCAGUACAUCGCAACUGUGAUGGCUUAUCAAGCGGGGUCAAACCAAGCCAUGACCAACAAUAUAAUUGGUGACUUUUUGACCGCGUACGGUACCAGCAAUGUAUCAGUCAUGUACAGCGAACUGGAAGAUUACUGGCGCGGUAUUGCGGAGUUCUCCUCUACUCAACUUCGCUCUGGGUACUCUGCUUUGGGAGUUCCGUCGAAUAUGACAAGGUCGACGAGUGGCACGAUGUAUAUCAUGACGUACGGCUGGCGAAGCCGAGCCCACACGUAUCUUCUUUUGCUUGUAGUGAUCACCAUAAUCUGGGGCACCACCCUAUUAGCCGCCGGGUACAGCCUCAUCCAAGAAAAAAUCCAUGCCUCCGAUCCAUCUUUCGACUUUUCUGAUCCCAUCCAUCUCAUCAUGGCAGCAUCUGGUGGAAGACUUGAAUCACAGCUUGCCGAAGGUGAUAGAAACCAAGCAGCCAAUAGCGAGGACAUUACCGUUCGCUUUGAAGAUGUACCUGACGAAACGGGAAGGAGAAUCAGCAAGAGACUGGUCACUGUGGUCUAGAAACCUCUGGCAAAGACUGCGGCCCUUGAUAUUAUUCAUAAUGAUCGAAUUACUAGAUUUGUUGCACCUAAUAAUUUCACGGUAAUCGCCAUUCCUACCGGGAUGUUGGGGCGCUAGCCUCGACGCCCAGUGGCAGGUCGAGGCCACGAGUCUACUUUUCCGCGAGGUUCCUGACAUUGAU